GCCGUGCCAGCCGGAAAAAGGCUUGGUGGUGCUCUGGUUGGUCUUCACUCACAUGUUUAACCUUGAAGACUUCAAAAUACAUUUGGAUCUACUACUUUUCUGGAAAACUCCAAUACCAAGCAAUAAAUUACCCACUGUACUCUCAUUAUAGUAUAGAAGCUUUUCACUUCUCCAAAUCUAAAUAAGAUUGUCUCCCCUUUUCCCAUGAAGCCACAUUGUUGUUUAUUCACUUUAGUAGUGAGUGUUACUGUGCCGGCUGCUUUUGUUUUGGAAGAUGGAGGCUUCAACCAAAUGGACCCACUGGGAGCAAAUCAUAGUUCUUUCAAUGUGUCAUUUCUCCCAAGCUUUGAACUCUCAGCAGGCUCCCACUCAGGUGAUAAUGUUAUCAUAGCCAAAGAGGGAGCUAGUGUUUCAAUCGAGUGUCUUCUCACAGUCAACCACUAUGAAGAUGUCCAUUGGUACAACUCAAAAGGACAGCAACUGGAUGACAGAGGCAGAGGUGGAAAAUGGUUGGUUUCUGGUAACUUCCUGAAUAUCACCAACGUUGCCUUUGAUGACCGUGGGCUCUAUACAUGUUUCGUCACGUCUCCAAUUCGUGCCUCCUACUCUGUCACCCUGCGUGUUAUCUUCACCUCAGGAGACAUGAGUGUCUACUACAUGAUUGUUUGUCUGAUUGCCUUUACGAUCACUCUCAUCUUGAAUGUUACACGGCUCUGCAUGAUGAGCAGCCAUCUUCGUAAGACCGAAAAGGCUAUCAAUGAAUUCUUCAGAACCGAAGGGGCCGAGAAACUUCAGAAGGCCUUUGAGAUUGCAAAACGCAUCCCCAUCAUCACCUCGGCUAAGACUCUGGAGCUCGCCAAAGUCACACAGUUUAAGACCAUGGAGUUUGCUCGUUACAUAGAAGAACUGGCACGAAGCAUCCCUCUUCCGCCCCUUAUUCUAAACUGCAGGGCAUUUGUUGAGGAGAUGUUUGAGGCUGUGCGAAUGGAUGACCCUGAUGACUUGGGAGAAAGAAUUAAAGAGAGACCUGCCUUGAACGCUCAAGGUGCCAUCUAUGUCAUUAACCCAGAGAUGGGACGGAGUAAUUCACCAGGAGGAGAUUCCGAUGAUGGUUCUCUGAAUGAACCAGGCCAGGAAAUAGCAGUUCAGGUUUCUGUUCACCUUCAGUCAGAAACCAAAAGUAUUGGUACAGAUUCUCAAGACAGCAGUCAUUUCAGCCCACCUGACGAUAUGGGAUCUGCAGAGGCCUACUCUAACUACAAAGAUGGGCCAUUUGAAAACUGCCAGCUGUGAGCUCCCAGUACCUACAAAAACUGCUCUCGGAAUAGGAAACCUGUUUAAUGCAGGACAUAACAUUUUUACCAGGAGAUGACUGGGGUUUCCCCCUUGUUCAAAUUAAGCACAUCAGAAUAUACAGUAUUGCCAAAAUCUUUGUAAAAAUGCAGCAUUUUUCCUAUCUCAUAUUUCUCACUCAUUUUCCUCAAUCUUGAGUAGCUGAUAGACAUUACGAUUUAAAGGAACCUGAGAGGUAAAAGUGAUGGGGAAAGUACCACACUAAGAGUUCUGUGGCUUCUCUUCUUCCAGUGGUUAGGGCUGACAUAUAUCUUGAGGCCUCAGUUUUCCUACCAAUAAAAUGAGGGAUUUGCAUUAAAUAAUGUGUUUCUAGCCUAUAACUUCUUACCCAUCACUUUAAUCCACUGAAGUCUUUAGCACAUCUCUAAGCCCAUCUCUGGACUUUUAGUCCCUUUUUGUGGAAAGGACCAAGUUGAGACUUUAUUCUGUAGUUUAGAUUUCUACACCAGUGCCAUAGUGCACAAAGGUAUGGGUGUUUUUUGGACAUUUUGCCUUGUGGAGUAUGCAAUUGUAUGUGCUAGGUCGAAUCUUUUCAGUGUAGCUCAGGUCUGUGUUGUUACACAGAUAUCACGGAGCUAACUGCUCCUUAGUAAACUACUUUCCAUGAGUAAAUUGGUCCUUUGGGGGGAUAUAUCAUGUCUUUUUAACGUACUGAGGUGUCAUUGAGCUGGCAGUGAUUUAUCAAUUGAUUUCUAAAAGUGAACGAUUUGUUUCUAAGGAAUACCAUCUUCAGUGCUUUUAGAAUAAGAAACAAUGUCAAAUCAUCUGUCUCUGAUAAACAAUGGAUUUUGAUACUUCUGUUAAGAGAAUUUCUCAGGCUUUCCCUUUUUAAAGUACUGGACUCGACAAGAGGGUUCUGUGUUUGGGAUCCCAUUCCCAGGGGAAACCCAGAGCUGGAUUCCUCUUCAAAUCUCUGUCAACCCUCUUGCCCUCUGUGAUCUUAAAUAUGGUGCUAACAGUCGCAUGUCUGCCUCCUUAUCUUGUUUGUUUUGUUUAUAUUUUAUUGUCGUUGAGGUUUUUAUUUUUGUAUACUUCAGAUAAAGAAUUGAGCUAGGGCUGCUUUUGUGGCCUCUCUGGGAUGUACUAACCUGAAAUGAGAUUAGAUAAUGGUGUGUGAUAUAUGUUACUAUAUUAAAUAUAUUAAAUAGAUAUGCAUAUAUAGAUAGAUGUAUAUACACAUACAUACAAGUAAUCAAGAUAUAAAGAAAGAGAAAAAUUAUGGGUGAUUCCACCUGAUUCAACUGUGUGUAAUAAAAACUUAAGACACUA